AUGGACAAGACUCUGAAGCUCUACAAUUCGAUUACCAGGACCAUUGAUAUCUUUACUCCUAGAAAAGGCAACGAGGUCAAGAUGUAUAUAUGCGGGCCAACUGUGUACGACUCUUCCCACAUAGGACAUGCAAGGACCUAUGUGAUGUUUGAUGUCAUACGGCGUGUCCUGAGCGACUAUCUGAAGUAUAAUGUGAGAUUUGUGAUGAACAUAACAGACAUCGAUGACAAGAUAAUAGCCAGAGCCAAUGAGACUGGGGCAUCCAUGGAAGAAGUUACCAGGAAAUACACUGAAGAGUUUUUUGAGGACAUGAAGACCUUGAAUGUCAGGAGCCCCUCGUUUGUGACGUUUGUGACGUCGUAUGUCGACAAGAUUGUGAAGUUUAUUGAAAAGCUUGAGGCAAACGGGCUUGCAUACGAAAGCAGAGGGAGUGUGUACUUUGAUCUGAACAGUUAUCAGCAGAGAUACAGCUACCCUCUAUUCAAGAGCAAGGACGGCAUCAACUCUGAAGGAGAUGAAAACAAGGACAAAAGAAGCCCGUGCGACUUUGUCCUCUGGAAGAGGUCCAAGGAAAAUGAGCCACGGUAUGAGUCGAAAUGGGGACAUGGGAGGCCUGGAUGGCAUAUUGAGUGCAGUGUAAUGUCCAGUGAUAUUCUCGGAGAAGACCUCGACAUACAUGCUGGAGGAGUCGACCUUGCAUUUCCACACCACGAGAACGAGAUAGCUCAGUGCCAAGCCUACUUUAUGCAGGAGCCCUGGGUGAAGUGCUUUCUCCACACAGGGCAUCUGAACAUCAGCGGGCUGAAGAUGUCCAAGUCCCUGAAGAACUUUACAACGAUUAAGGAAGCACUGAAAACGAUUUCCCCUCGCCAGCUAAGGGUUCUGUUUCUACACCAUCAGUGGAACAAGGACAUGAACUACGAGAAAGAGCACCUGAAGUUUGCAGAAACCAUUGAGAAGAAGAUCUUCAACUUUAUGUCUGUGGCGGAGAGUAUGAGAAAGAACGCACUGGCAUUUGAGACUCUAGAAAAUGCGGACAGGGAAGUUCUGAGGGAGCUAGGGAAUGUCCAGGAAGCUGUGCAUGCAGCACUUCUUGACAAUGUUGACACGCCUGCUGUAAUGAAGAGGAUAGUGGAGAUGAUAAAUUUUACAAAUGCCAGAAUAAAGACAAUCUCACCGUCUACCGUUCUGGUUGUCAAGGACUACAUCAAGGAGAUCACAGACGUGCUUGGAUUGAGUGAGGAGGAGAGACAGGAAUCCCCUGGAGAGGAUCUGAUUGCCCAACUGCUUAGCAACUUCAGAGAAAGUAUUAGGGAGAUGGCAAGACGAAAGGAGCCUUAUUCGAAGUUCCUUGAGAAGUGCGAUUGGAUCCGAGAAAGCAUCAAGGACUACGGAUAUAUUAUCGAAGAUAACAGUGAAGGAUCUAUACUGAGAAAGAAAUAA